AGUCUUUGUUGAUUUUUGAAAACAUCGGUUUCGGUUUUUUAUUAUAUCCUAUAAUAUGUAUAUUAGUAAAAUAAAAGCUAUAUUAUUAAAUAGAAAUGGCCUUUAGUGAUAUUUGUAGAAUUUGUUUAAGCGUUAAUGUACGCAUGUAUGUGCUAAAGAAUAUUGGCCUCCUAUAUAUAAAACAUUGACAAACAAUUGUUUUAUGGAUGAGAAUGAGGGGCCCACAAUUGUCUGUUUCACCUGUCAUGCAAGACUAAUUCGCUGCAGGAGAUUACAACAACAGGCUAUUGAAGCAAAUGCAGUUCUGGAGCAGUUGCUUGAAGGAGGGUCCACGUCAAUACCAAAACCGCAUGAGGGUAGAGAUGAGAUUAAAUUCACACCAAUUUGUCAUAUAGAUAUCUGGCCAGUAGAGUGUGAUAUAGGAAAUGAUUGCAAGGACGAAAUAUUUAGCCUUGAUUCCAUUAAAAUUGAAGAAGAGAAUUUCGAAAAUGAGAAUUCCAAAUUUGAACGUAAUGGGAAUUGUGAAACAGACCCUGCUGGAAAAGGAGAAGACUUGAAGAUUGAUGCUUUUGGAGAUAUACACAUGGAUUCGGGGAACGACUUGGCACUAAUUGCAUUUGAGUCAAAGAGUAAAGAGAAUUCUAAGACUAUAAAAUUAAAAAAGGAGCGCGAAAAUAAUAAAAAAGAUGAUGAUGACAUAGGAACUGAAUUCGCCAGUGGUGACCCAAGGUGUUAUUAAGAUAAAGCAGGACCACCGAACCGGAAAUGCAGCGUGAUGCUGCUGUGUUUCGAAUUUUAAGUGUAGAGAACUGGAGACCGUUUUUUAAUACUACUGAAGUAUUCCAUCAUAGUGCUCUACAUUUUGAUUCUUAAUGGGAUGUAAAUGUCGUUGGUUACAGCAUCCACUUACCAUCAGGUGGUCUGUGUGCCCGUUUGUCAUCCAUAGUCUAUAAAACACCUAUAUACGAGGGUGCGUUUUUAAGUUCGCGGAAUGGGUAGGUAGGUAAUAAGUGGGGACGUCGCUGAAUUACGUGCUAAUUGAACAACACAUUAUUAGUGUAAAUACCGAGUUUUAUUGUAAUUAGAUGAUAAAGCGUCCCCCACACAGAAGCGGCUUGCGGUGGCGGCCAGUUGAAUUUGCUUGCAAUGUACGAGAGUCCGCUAACCCGUGCGGCCAUGGCGCGGCCGCAUGCCCCGCCCCCUCCGCACCGCGUGUGUGUUUUAUUGCAAUUGGAUUGAAUUGUAGAUUACAAUUGGACGGAAAGACAAUCCACGAUGAUGAUGAACUUUAUAUAAACCGAAGUAAAAGUAUCCAUGUGUUAAUUCAGGACAUGAUCUAUCUAUGUGCCAAUUUUAAUUUAAAUCCGUAUAGAUACAUGAAUAUUAUCAUCUAAUAUAUAAAAAAUAAUGUAUGUUUGUUCGUACUUUGUGCGCAGUCAUACCGUUCAUCAGAUUGCGGUAAAACUUUAUCAACUUAUUGCUUGCACUUGCGCAAAGGUUAUAGACAUGUGCAAUUAAAUUACAGUAGGUGGCGUGCGUAUCGUGCCGACAUAUUUAUAUUUAAUGUAAUUAUAUUACGACAUAUUUAAUGUAAUUAUAACAUGGUCAGAAGAACGUCAUCAUUAUCAUUCGAAUUUAGAUACUCUACCAAGUAUUUCCCUCCAAAAAUGAAUAUGAGUGACAUUAGUCAGAAUAAUUGGCCGAAAUUCUUUUCAUCUAGCAACAUUAUAUGACUAUAAUUACGCGAAAUAUUAUAAUUUCAGCCAAUCCAUAAGGCUUAAACUCCGCGCAUUGUAAACCGUUUAUGGUUGGUGAAAUAUGCAAUGUCUUACAAUAAAUAAAAUGUUUAAUUUUUAUGUAUUUCAGAACAAUACAUCACACCGUCAAAUAAUUUUUCAGAACCGUCUGAGAAAAAUAUUAAAUCAAAUUCUACUGAUAGAAACAUAAACGAUGUACAUGAAAAAUACCUCGAUUUUGAAAGCUCUACUAUUAAAUCAAACCCUAAACUGAAAAAUCCUGCAAAGAUUAUGAAAAAGAAAAAUUUGAAACAAAAGAGUGUAAAUAUACUUACGAAAAAAACAUCAACAAAAUACAUUUUUGAAUGUGAUGGUUGUAGCAAAAAGUUUUCAACAAAACACAUUCUCGCCAAACAUAUAUCAUACAGUGAUAAGACGCAAAAGAACUCGGACACCACUGCAGUUCGGACACAAGUUGAACAAACUCCAGUACCGCAACUAACGGAAAUAUUUAAUUAUGAUAUUUGCGAAUUUAAAACGUCUCAAAAACGUCAAGUGUACUGCUGUAAUAAUUGUGAUUAUAAAUGUACAAAUAAAAGCAAAUUGCUAUACCAUAUGAAAUUACAUACCGUAGAAAAACCUUUUUCGUGUAAUAUCUGUGACUAUCAAUUUAUACAAAAAUCUAAUUUGAGAAGACACAUAAAAAUACACACUGGAGAAAAACCCUUUUCGUGUAAUAUCUGUGAAUAUAAAUGUAUUAGAAAAGGUACUUUGCACAGGCAUAUGAAAACACAUACCGGAGAAAAAUCUUUUUCGUGUAAUAUCUGCGAAUACAAAUGUACAAGAAAUACUGAUUUGAAACAACACAUGAAAAUACACGCUGGAGAAAAACCUUUUUCUUGUAAUACCUGUGAAUAUAAAUGUGUUACAAAAUGUAAUUUGCAAAGACAUAUGAAAAUACACACUGGAGAAAAACCUUUUUCGUGUCAUAUCUGUGAAUAUAAAUGUAUUCUAGAAGCUAAUUUGAGAAGGCACAUAAAAAUACAUACCGGAGAAAAACCAUUUUCGUGUCAUAUCUGUGAAUAUAAAUGUCUUACUAAUAGUCGUUUGCAAACACAUAUAAAAAUACACACCGGAGAAAAACCUUUUUCGUGUAAUAUCUGUGAAUAUAGAUGUAUUAGAAAAAGUCAUUUGCAAACGCAUAUGAAAAUACAUACCAGAGAUAAACCUUUUUCAUGUAAUAUCUGUGAAUAUAGAUGUAUUAAAAAACGUGAUUUGCAAAAGCAUAUGAAAAUACACACAGGAGCAAAACCUUUAUCGUGAGCUAUCUGGUAAAAUAUGUUAUGUAAACAUGUUUUGUAUAAAUAUAUGUGUUCGAGAUAAAAAUCUAGUCUUUUUACGAAUUUCUUAUGUAAUCAUAGAACGAGUAGAAAAACUUUUUCGUGCCUUAUGCGCUAAUUGAAACUGUAUUUAUUCAGAAGAAGUCAAUUCGAAAACCAAGAAAAAAAAAAUGGAACCUUUUAAUGAACUAAAUGGGAGGUCAGUGAAAACAGACCAGAUCUUGUUUUUUUUUUUUAAAUUUAAAUGAUAGCUUA